AUGGAAGCAACCAUGGGUUCGUUGAAGUAUUUUGUACGAAGGAAGAUUCAGAUGACACGGCGGAGGGAAAGAGACAACGACAGUGGUCAACGGGAGCAUAGAUCCGAUGAGCAGCAGAGGUUAGAUGAGAUGGAGGCAGAGGGUUUCAAAAUAAGCGUCUCUCUCAAUGAAUUCGGGUCCUUUUCUUUCCUCUCUUCCCGUCGAUCGCUCCACCGCCGUCUUACCCCAACUUCAGGUUUGAAUCCACGUAUCAAAUCAGUGACAUUGGAUUCCAGUUCCACGGCAAUCAUCGACGAUCCGACAUCGGCUUUCGCUUCAGAAGAAGAAAGUCCAGCGAAGAUCGGCGCUAGGGUUAGGAGCGAAGAAAGAACCAUAUGGAGCACCUCCACCGAUUUGGUGGUUCAUCGCAGUAGUGGAGUGGCAGGGGCUAUUCUGGCAACCUCUUCACCACUUUGUUUUCUUGUUCCAGUUACUGUCGAUGAGAGGGGGAGGAAGCAGAAAGAAAACGGCAACAGGGGGUGUUUGGGUUGCUUGGUGUGUCAUAAAACAGUGGGAGAAAAUGGAAGGGGUUGUUGCCCUUGGCUAGCCGGAAACCACUAG